UUGACAAUAAGCGCGGCACACGACCAACGAGAGCGCAGCGCGUCCACCCAUCCCGAUUCCACGGGAGCUCCAGCCCGCGGCUGCUGCUGCUCUCCCCGCUCUCCCCCCACUCCCAAAUGGCCGCCGCCUCCUCCUCCGCCGCGGCCGCCGCCUGCUUCCUCUCCGCCCCCUCCCCGCUCGCCCGCCCGCGCCAUUCCCUCAGGCGCCUCGCGCCCGCCGCGGCCGCCAGGCCCCCGGCCGGCCCCCUCGCGCUCCGGGCCUCGUUGCGGAGGCCGCUGCGCGACCUGGUGCCGGGCCCCGUCGCCGAGGCCGCGCGGCGGGCGCUGGCGGCCGCCGCGGGACCCCUGGUCGUGGCGCUCGCCUCCGCCGCGCUGGUCCUCGGGGACGCGGGAGGCGCCUCCGCGUUCGUCGUCGCCACGCCGCGGAAGCUGCAGGCGGACGAGCUCGCCACCGUGCGCCUCUUCAAGGACAACACCCCCUCCGUCGUCUACAUCACCAACCUCGCCGUCAGGCAGGACGCCUUCACGCUGGACGUGCUCGAGGUGCCGCAGGGCUCCGGCUCCGGCUUCGUCUGGGACAAGCUCGGCCACAUUGUCACCAACUUCCAUGUCAUCCGUGGCGCGUCUGACCUCAGGGUCACGCUUGCUGAUCAGUCGGUGUAUGAAGCCCAAGUUGUGGGAUUUGACCAGGACAAGGAUGUUGCUGUUUUGAGUAUCGAAGCACCAAAGGAUAAACUAAGACCUUUACCAGUUGGUGUGUCAGCAGACCUACUGGUUGGUCAGAAAGUUUAUGCCAUAGGAAACCCAGUGAGUGCUUCUUACACCAAUUGUUCUAUGAUUUAUAUAUAUAUGUCGGCUGAUGUACAAGUUUGGCACCAGUCGUUCAGUGUUUUCAAAAUUUUCAGAAAAAAAUGUGAAUGCUCACAAGGAAUGUGACUACAACACCUACAA